UUAGUGGUACAAACAAGUCGUUUAACCGCCUCAUACGAAGUGGGUAAACACGUCGAGCUGUCUAUGAACUAUUCUUGUGAAACCUGUGAGCUAUCCGAUGUUCUUUGCAAUGGGGAGAGUAUGAUCCCUACUGAUAAUGUUCAAAUAAUAGCUUCAAAAAAUGUGGUCAAUUUCAACUUUCCCAGGUUUGAAGACACUGUAUCCUGUGUAUACAUGGGAUCUUUUAAUGAUAGUGGAAAAUUGUUCACGAAAAUUUUGGCUGUAAUUGAAACUGUUACGAUACCAAAAGUAGAUGUUCUAAAUGCACCAAAUGAAGGAGAGCAAUUCGAACAUGAAGUUCCGUACAAUUGUGACAAUUGUCUCGUUGAUAAGGUUUACGUCAACGGCAUACCGUUAGAAACUUCAACUAGAAGAAGUUCACUUAACUCAAUAGCAUUUUAUGUUACUUCACCAACAGCAAUAAAAAUUCGUAUGACCGAGUACACACCCACCUUCGAAGGGGUGUAUCAAGCAGUCUUUAGUGUGGAUGACGAGAAAAUCACUAAGACAAUUAUGGAGAUACAAUCGGAAUCUGAAACAACGACGGAUGGUACAACGGUAGCUUCAAGUUCAGAUGGACAACCCAAUCCUAACGAUUCCACUAAAAGUGAACAACCUAAUCCCAAUGAUACAACUACAGCGGCUUUACCUGAUACAAGUUUAGCAGAUAUAAAUAAUACAUCUACGGCCGCCCCAUCAUGAAAAGUGUUCAAUGUCAUCGUGAGACUUCAGGGGCUGCUGAUAUUUUUUGAAAAUAAAUAGAAUUAAUUUUA